AAUGCAAUGUCACAUGCAUUAUAACCUAUCAUGCUAAUGGGGAGGGAGGACCCUCUGCAAUUUGCAACAACUUCAAUCCCGCUGUCGCACUUACGAGUUGGCUCACACGUGAGACACACGCUGAUGAGGACGAGGUCCCCUCCAGUUUGACAGCCACGGUCACAUGAUAUUGCCUGCUUCUAUAAAUUGUAAGCUAGGUAAAGUACGUCAAUUAAAUCUUCUGUUUUCUGUUUUCCAACGGCGAUUUGAAAGGUGGCGUGUUGCAGGUUUGCUGUACUUUGAAGGCGACAAAAAUGUGCGUCUUACGUUUCAGUUUUUGUUGUGAUUGUGUUGGAAGCGGAGUGAAAACCAAAGGAAAAGUUCAAACUCGUAAGGUACUUAUUUCUGUCAGCAGAUAGAUAUAUGUUGUGAAGGCCGUUUCAAUAAGCUAUGGGUGGGCUCUGCAGGUUUUAGCGGGUGGAGAAACGUUGAGUAGGCGACCAUUUUGAGAAGUCUCCAGGCAGGAUAAAGUUUUCGAUCAAAAGCACGCAUUACAUCCUUUUUGGGAAAUUCAAUGGAUUUGGACGGCAGGGUCCUUUAAGCUACGGCUCUGAUCGGAUAAACCUUGUGAUUCUGCGGUUGAGAGCGCCAAAAAUGGAGCUCAAGCAGUUCCAUCGCUGCGAGGGCUGCUUAUACAUCAUUUUGCCGGGGCUUCUCGCCAUGUCUACGCUUCUCUCCGGACUAUUUCUAUGGGGUCUUGUGAAAAAGCACAAAAAAUCGAAAGAAAAGCCCUCCAGCAGCAGCAAAGUUGAAAAAGCUUCCGUUUUCCCGACUCCGACACAAGAGAACACAUUCUUUCCGCCAGAUUCAUGGAAUGUUCACGUCAGCGAUUCAGCCUUCGAUCCACAAACAGAUUACGCUGAGGUCCUAUAUGAAGCACACAAAUUCAUGGCUGCACAGCAACAAGUGGAAAACCAGACAAAUCCCCAGAUGUCACGAACAUUAUCAUUCAAGCCUGAGCAGCAAAUGACAAGGUCAGAUCACAUCAAUGUAAAAUCUAAAUCCUCGUGGAAAUUUUGGCAGCGGGCAAAGAAAACAAAUGAUGGACAGUACAAUCUUUCUCCUCCUCCACAGCAGGCACGGCCUCUGAAGAGAUCGGCGUCAGGGCCUGUGACUUCACAUGCACAUGCACAUGCACAUUCCAAACCUGGCAGAAAAGGUCAAGGUUAUUCUUCAGGCCCGCUUUACACCGUGGGAAUGCCUCUCGAACCGGCUAAUAACAGGUUUAGCCGGUCUGGUACCCGUAGUGGCUCUACCACGCCUGUUCGUGGGGAACAGAAUGAAUCUCCGUAUGUAUUGCUGAAAUGUUCGGCACGCCGUUCAUACGAUCCUGAACUUUUAUACACCGUGUGAGUACGGUGUAACUGGUCUUAUUACAGUAAAACAAAUACACGAUUCAGGUAUACCUAAUUACAGAAGAACCGACCCUGCGAUUUAUUUUAGUUGUUUUUUUUUCAACUAAAUCGACCGACUGCGUCGAUUAAGUCAACUUUCUUUUGGGAGCAUUUUUUAAUGCAGCCUUGCGUAACACGAAGAGUCCAGUCCAUGAUAAUGACAUUUGCUAUUUCAGUGGAAUUUUUUUCAUGUACAGUUGUGCGCCUUGACGUGUUUUGCACAACUUAAACUGUCGCAAAUUGCUAAUCAUGCAUAGUAUAAUGAUUGUAAACGUCUUUCAACUCUUUCCGUUGACUGUACGUGAAGGAAACAUUUGAUUGAUUCUCAAGAAAAUUAAGAUGCUAUAAAGCCUAAGAAACAUCUGAAAGUUUGGCCUUUACUGAACUUUAAAUCACCUCUAUCAAAACGUUGGAAAUUUAAUAUCCGCACUUAUUUA